ACUCAAGUUCUUCCUUCACACAAUCCUAGUUUCUCCAUUCACAAAUUCUGUCCAAAGCCUGUACUUUCCCAAAAAAAAAAAAACAUUUGAAGAUGGCAAUUGGUAUGGGGCACAUUCUCCGUGCUAAGCAAGGCCUCAGGAGAUCAUCUUCAAAAACAAACAGAGAAAGUGAAGUGCCUAGGGGUCAUUUUGCAGUUUAUGUUGGGGAGAGUGAAAAGAAGCGCUUUGUCAUUCCAGUUUCAUACUUGAAGGACCCUUCAUUCCAAGACUUGCUAAAUCAGGCUGAGGAAGAAUUCGGAUUUGAUCAUCCAAUGGGUGGACUUACAAUACCUUGUCCGGAGGAUACCUUCCUCGACAUCAUCUCUAGUUCAAGUAGAUACUGAGAGUCAACAAACAGCUUAGUUUAGUAAAGAGAAUUUUUGCAUAGGAAGUAUUCUUGUACAGUUUUCCACAAUUUUCAGCUGUCCCAUUAUCAGCUUAGAAUCUGUAAAUUUCACUGAUUAUACA